CCAUGUAAGUUAGGGAAUGUGGGGAGGGAAAGCAGUAAAUUAAAAAGCCAAACACAGAUAGUGACUUUGAGAAAAUGGCGAGCCGGGGGUCAGGCCGACCGCCUCCGAGACCCAGAUCUCGAAACUCUCCUCCUGUGGGUCAGCAGGGGAUGGGGGAGAGGAUGCACCAGGGAGGAGGGAACAGAUCUGGUAUGUCUCGUCCUGGAAGCGCCUCUCCUCAGCCUCAGGGUGGGGAAGGUGGGAAGAGAGGGGGGCGACCGCCACCUCUGCACAAGAGAGAAAUCUGCAUUGACGAGGAGGUAAAGAUUGCUGUCAGGAUUGCUGUGGAGAAGUUCAGAUAUAACGAGAGUCAGAAAGAGUAUGAAUUUCCAUCAAGUUUGACGUCAGUAGAGAGAGCCUUCAUCCACAGAUACUGUCAGAGCCUGGGAAUCAAGACAAAGAGUAGAGGAAAGGGCAGCAACCGCUACCUGACAAUCUUCAAGAAGGACAGCCGGACGAUGGGGCUGGGUACAGCCACCUUCAGCCUGUGCCGCAGUGCCAGGCACCACACGCACACCCUCCUACAGAGGUUCCCUAUCACUGGCAGGGAGAGACAAGAGCUCAUGCCCAGGACUGAGAGGGGGAUAGGAGAAGGACACAGUAGAGAUGGGAACAGAGCUUCAGGGUUGAACGGUCGCCUGAACAACGGUAUCCAGCAGGUGCCCCCUCCCCGGUCACAGUCGGAGUACGACAACUUUCGCAGGACCCUGCCUGUGGCUGUCCUCCAGGAAGUCAUUGUCAAGACUGUCAAUGAGAACCAGGUGGUGCUGAUUGCUGGGGAAACUGGGUCAGGGAAGACUACUCAGGUCCCCCAGUUUAUCUUAGAUGAUGCCCAACGUAGCAAUCGGCCAUGUCGGAUCAUCUGCACCCAGCCACGCAGAAUCUCUGCCCUGACAGUGGCAGAGAGGGUGGCAAGUGAGAGGGGAGAGAAGAUUGGACAAACUGUGGGCUACCAGAUCAGACUGGAAAGCAGGGUGUCUCCGAGAACCUUGCUGACAUUCUGUACCAAUGGUGUGUUGCUGAGAACUCUGAUGGGAGGGGACAGUGCACUGACUACCAUCACACAUGUCAUUGUGGAUGAGAUCCAUGAGCGAGACAGGUUUAGUGACUUCCUGCUGAUCAAGCUGCGUGAGAUGCUGGGCUACUUCAAGGGCCUGAAGGUUGUCCUCAUGAGUGCAACCCUCAACACUGAACUGUUCCAGCAGUACUUCGGAAGCUGUCCAAUCAUCAAUGUUUCAGGAAACCUGUUUGAUGUGACAGAAUUUUUCUUGGAAGAUGUUUUAAGAAGCACCAACUACUCCAACCAGAAAAUGCAGAAGUACAAGAAAGAGAGGGGACAAUUGGAACAACAGCAGUCCUCAUUAGACCAGUGGUACCAACAGAGCGGCACCCCUGCCCCAGGAGUGGUUAGUCCCAAAGAACAGCUGACCCAGCACCUGGCUGAGAAGGACUUGGACACAGCACAGCAGGAGGACUAUGAGGUCAGCGACCUACAGGACAUCCCCCAGGAGAGGGAUGUGAGUGAGAUGGAACCCUGGCUGAUACAGGAGAUGGAUAAGUGCAUCAUGACUGCCUGGCUAAAUAACGAUGCCGAUGCCUAUGUGCAGUUGUUCCAUCUCAUCAUGAGUGAGAAUGUCAGCGUUGACUAUCGGCACAGCGAGACCUGCUCCACCACCCUGAUGAUUGCCGCUGGUCGAGGCAACAUGGCAGCAGUGGAACAGCUGUUAGCACUGGGAGCCAACAUCAACCUCAGAGCACCCAACGGAUUGACUGCACUUGACUGGGCAAGAAAGUUUGGCCAGACAGAUACUGUGGAGGUGCUAGAAGCUUACAUAGCAUCCAGUGAGAUCACAGUGAGUGAUGACACCCUGCUGGUGAGUGAGAGCAGCCAGUUGAGUACAGAAGACAGGGAACUGCUGAAGGCAUACCACCAGAGCUUUGAUGAUGAACAUGUGGACCUGGACCUCAUCCUGUGUCUUCUCUUUAACAUCUGUAGCAGCCAGGAGGAAGGAGCCAUCCUGGUGUUCUUACCUGGCUAUGAGGAGAUAGUGACCCUGCGAGAUGCCAUCAUGUGGGACGACAAGAGGUUCUCCGAUACCAGCAGGUACCAGGUGUACACUCUACACUCUGCCAUGCAGUCAGGGGACCAGAAAAGGGUUUUCCAGCAGGCUCCUGCAGGAGUCAGGAAAAUUAUCCUGUCAACCAACAUUGCUGAAACCAGUGUGACCAUCAAUGAUGUGGUGUUUGUAAUAGACUCAGGAAAAGUGAAAGAGAAAUCCUUUGAUGCUCUGACAUCAGUGUCUAUGCUGAAAAGCGUGUGGGUGUCUAAAGCCAGUGCCCAGCAGAGGAAGGGCAGGGCAGGGCGGUGUCGGCCAGGUGUGUGUUUCCACCUGUUCAGCAGAGUGAGGUACGAGAGCCUACAGGAGUACCAGGACCCUGAGCUGCUCAGGACUCCGCUACAGGAACUUUGUCUGCAGACCAAGCUCCUGUCUGCACCCAACACCCCCAUUGCAGAGUUCCUUGCCAAGGCGCCUGAACCACCUGCUUUCCUGGUGCUGAGAAAUGCUGUUCAGUUGCUGAAGACGGUAGAUGCCCUGGACAUGUGGGAGGACCUGACAGAGCUGGGGCACCACAUGGUGGACCUGCCCAUUGAGCCCAGACUGGCCAAGAUGGUGCUGUACUCUGUGGUGCUCAAAUGUCUGGAUCCUGUCCUCACUAUCGCCUGUGCUUUGGCAUACAGGGAUCCCUUUAUCCUGCCCAACCAGCCAUCCCAGAAGCGUGCAGCUGUGUACUGUAGGAAGAAGUUCUCUGCCGGUGCUUACAGCGAUCACAUGGCCCUCCUGAGAGCAUUUCAGGGCUGGCAGAAGGCCAAGAGUGAUGGCUGGGAGCGCAGCUUCUGUGAGAAGAACUUCCUCUGCCAGGCCACCAUGGAGAUGAUCUUCGGCAUGAGGACUCAGCUGUUGGGCCAGCUGCGGGCCUCUGGGUUUGUACGCGCACGAGGAGGGGGGGACAUCAGGGACCUGAACACCAACUCUGAGAACUGGGCAGUCAUUAAGGCUGCCCUGUGUGCUGGGAGCUAUCCCAACAUGGUCAGAGUGGACAGGGAAAACCUCUGGCUGACUACACAGAUGGAGAAGAGUGUUCGUUUCCACAACACAUCUGUUCUCGGACAAGCGGCAAACCCAAAGGUCACAGUAGCGCUGUCCCAUGCCCAGAGCGUCACCAAGCUGCCUACUGAUUGGCUAGUGUAUGAGGAGAUCUCAAGAGCACACCGCUAUGCCUAUGUGCGAUGCUGCACAUUGAUGAGUCCAGUGACAGUCGCCAUAUUUGCCGGCCCAUCUCGUCUCCCACUGGACGCUCUGACAGACCCCAACGCCCCUGACAACAGACCUGGGGGUGACGACCAGUUUGAGAACUACAGUGACAGUGGAGGGGAGGAGGGGGAGAACAACAAGCGCGCCACUACCAAGUUAGACGACUGGAUUUCAUUCAAACUAGAUUCAGAGGCGGCACACCUGCUGCUACAGCUGCGGUUUAAGUGGCAUUCUCUCUUCCUGCGCCGUAUGAGAGCACCUGCCAAGCCAUGGUCACAGGUAGACGAGGGUGUUAUCCGAGCUGUGAUUGGUGUGCUGUCCAGCGAAGAGCAGGCCCUGGGUCUCCAACAGCCUUCUGGGAUAGGGCAGAGGCCACGCCCAAUGUUUAACUGGGAUUUUUCCUCUUCAGCCACAGAGUCCUAUGGAUCCCAGCGAGGCAGCAGAAAGAACUCUACUGAGAACCAAGUACCUGAACCCUCCUUCCUUGCCUUGUGGAAGUCUAAUGAGUCUGUGCCAGUGGGAGAGGAGAACAAGGGUGACAGGUUCUACCCACGAACCAGUCCGGCCAACAGGGAGAAGAGAAUCCUGAAGAGGGAUUACAGGUCUCCACGAGAGUUUGACAACCGUUCAGAUCGCUCGUCGGUGAAGUCUGCGUCAGCCAACAGCAGCCAGGCCUCCAGUCGCACCAGUAGCUGUACCACCAGCCCCUGCCCCUCCCCCAACCACACCAGGGGCGGGGAGAGGACCCCACCCUCCUCUGCCUCCAGUAGGAGUGGGGGGAGAAAUACACCCCCACAGCGGGUCAGGACACCCCCCUUUGUGAGCCCCAAGGGUGGGAGGACUCCACAACAGUCUCCAAAUGUCAGAAGUGACAAGUCCUCGCCAGGAGCUGGUGUCUCAGAUCCCAACCGUUACUUCAUCCUGAAGUGUAACAACCAACGGAACCUGGACAUCGCCAUGAACCAGAGUAUCUGGGCAACCACACCCAGCAAUGAGAAGAAACUCAACAAGGCUUUUAAAGAUUGCCAGAAUGUCUACCUGGUGUUUUCGGUUCAAGGUAGUGGGCACUUUCAAGGGUAUGCUCGCAUGGCUUCCUCUAUCAGUAAGGACAAGGUUCCAGAGUUCAGCUCAGCUUCUCUUGGAGGAGCCUUCCAGAUAGAGUGGAUUAAAAGAAUGAGCAUCCCGUUCCAAGCUGCCCACCACCUCCUGAACCCAUGGAAUGAGAACAAGAAGGUCCAGAUCAGCCGGGACGGACAGGAGAUUGAGCCCCAGGUGGGUGAGCAGCUGCUGAAGGCCUGGGAUCGUCCGGUCACCAUCCUCAACAGGAGCCCAGGCAGCAGUCGCCCCUCCUCACGACCUUCCUCUGGACCUCCCUCCAAAACAUCCUCCCCGCAGGGCUCACCUAAAGGUCAGAGGUCACAGGAGCAGAGGUUUGCUGGCAGUCAGAAGUCGAAGGACAGUGUAACAGGGAAGAGUAACCAGCUGCCGGUUCCCCCGGUACACUGGCAGACAGAAGCUUCUGCAGAGUCUGCCAUUGAGGGCAGUCAAACAGAGCCUCCAUCCACUGCAGGAGAAGCUGCAAACUUAGUGCUAGCCAUACCGCAGACUUCUACCUCCAGCUCCAGCAGCUCCAGCCCUCAGGAGGAGGCCAGCCUGCCCUCCCCUUCACAAGCAGUGGUAGAACCUGCACAACAGGAGCCUCCAGCCCCCGCUGUAGUGGAACCAUCCGAGGGGAUGCCGGGAGUCGGGUGUGACGUUCCCCCCGCUGGGGGCGAGGCAGCCCACCCCAGGGGUGCUUCACCCCCACUAGCUGUUACCCCACCACCUGCUUUUGACCCCACCUUACCCAUGGGAAGCGCCACACCUACCAUGCCCGACCCCUCACUCCCACAGGACUAACUCCUCUGGUCAUGUGUGCAAGAAUUGCCUGCAGGAGUAGCCAGGGUACCACCCCCAAUAGUUACCACUGGCUCAUUCUUUUUGCUUGAGCCAUCAGUAAGUAUUGAAAGUAGUACCCAGACUACUGCAGGAGACCUAUGGCAAAAUGUAUCCUGUUUGUUUAGGACCUUGGAGCCUACCCACACAGAGAGAAUAACAUAAUGAGAAUGAAUAUGUAACUUUUUGAUUUGGUCUAUCCUGUUUGCUAAUUCACCAGAAUACAGACAAGCCAAACAUAAGCGUUGUAUUCCCUUCUUGGUACAGUUACUUGUUGUUGUACAUGUAAGCUUGAUGGCAGCUGAAUAACAGACUCUGCAAUAAGGUUAGAAUACUUGAUUUACCCCAGGUCUAUGGAACUGUUCAUUGUAGGUAAGAAGAGAAGCCAAAUUACUGCAAACAUUGAAAGAUGUUUGUCAGGGACCGUACACAGGAAAGUUGGUAACAAAAGUGAUGCAUUGACUUUUGCUACGCUUAAAAUCAAUUAAUUAUUUGCUUGUUCAACAUGUAAAUGUGGUACUGUAAACACCUUGUUAAAGCUCUACUGUAUGUUGUACAGUACCGGAACUGUGUUUAAUUUGAAUGGCCCUUUAGUUAGAGGUGAACCUUGAAAUGUUGCACAUGUGAAAAUAGCAUGUAUGUUUGGGGUCACGGUCAUUGAUAGUGUUAAGUGUGUGUGUGUUUCAAAUGUAGAAAUAUCAAACAUUUGUCAUGAGGUCUCAAAGAUUUUUUCACGAGAAUCAUUAAACUUGAAAGUUACCCAGAUAGUGGUGUUACACAUUGCUCUGAACUUGUGGUGGAUGGGUUCAACCAUUGUGCAUAUCCUCUAGACUGGUGGAAGAGUUUGUUCUAUGAUGAAAGAAUUGAUAAAAUGAUUGAAUGCUA